GAUCCCGCCCCGUGCAGCACAUCAGCCGCAGCGCAUUUAUGAGAUUGAAGAGCCCUCAGAACACUGCAAACGGUGUGGGAAGCUCAGGGGACAUUAACAAGCACAAGCCAUGGCUGGAGCCCACCUACCACGGGAUAGUCACCGAGAAUGACAACACCGUGCUGCUCGACCCCCCCCUCAUCGCCCUGGAUAAAGAUUCACCGCUACGUUUUGCAGAGAGUUUUGAGGUGACAGUCACCAAAGAAGGUGAGAUUUGUGGCUUUAAAAUUCAUGGGCAGAAUGUCCCCUUUGAUGCUGUGGUAGUGGAUAAGUCCACGGGUGAGGGAAUAAUCCGAUCUAAAGAGAAACUGGACUGUGAGCUACAGAAAGACUACACAUUCACCAUCCAGGCCUACGACUGCGGAAAGGGACCCGAUGGCACCGGUGUGAAAAAGUCUCACAAGGCGACCGUGCACAUCCAAGUCAAUGACGUGAACGAGUACGCCCCCGUGUUCAAGGAGAAGUCGUACAAGGCGGCCGUGGUGGAGGGCAAGCAGCACGGCAACAUCCUCAGGGUGGAGGCCGUGGACGCAGACUGCUCCCCUCAGUUCAGCCAGAUCUGCAGCUAUGAGAUUCUCACCCCGGAUGUGCCAUUCACUGUGGACAAAGACGGUUAUAUUAAGAACACCGAGAAGCUAAACUAUGGCAAAGAGCACCAAUAUAAGCUCACAGUCACCGCCUAUGACUGUGGGAAGAAAAGAGCCACCGAGGAUGUCCUGGUGAAGAUCAGCGUUAAGCCCACCUGCAGCCCCGGGUGGCAAGGCUGGAGCAGCAGAAUCGAGUAUGAGCCCGGCACGGGUGCUUUGGCCGUCUUCCCAAGCAUCCACCUGGAGACCUGUGAUGAGCCUGUCGCCUCUGUGCAGGCCACAGUGGAGCUGGAGACAAGCCACAUAGGGAAAGGCUGCGACCGAGAUACCUACUCUGAGAAAUCCCUUCACCGGCUCUGUGGGGCUGCUGCCGGCACCUCGGAGCUGCUCCCGUCCCCCAGUAGCUCUUUCAACUGGACUGUGGGCCUCCCGACCGACAACGGCCAUGACAGUGACCAGGUCUUUGAGUUCAAUGGCACUCAGGCAGUGAGGAUUCCGGACGGCGUUGUGACCCUUGACCCUAAAGAGCCUUUUACAAUUUCUGUGUGGAUGCGGCAUGGACCUUUUGGCCGGAAGAAGGAGACAAUUCUCUGCAGUUCGGAUAAAACAGAUAUGAACCGCCACCAUUAUUCACUCUAUGUCCACGGAUGCAGACUCAUUUUCCUCCUCCGUCAGGACCCGUCUGAGGAGAAGAAAUACAGGCCUGCGGAGUUCCACUGGAAGCUGAACCAAGUCUGUGAUGAGGACUGGCACCACUUUGUCCUCAAUGUGGAAGUCCCAAGUGUGACUCUGUAUGUGGACGGCGUCUCUCAUGAGCCCUUCUCCGUGACAGAGGACUACCCGCUUCAUCCGACCAAAAUAGAAACUCAGCUUGUAGUCGGAGCUUGCUGGCAAGAGUAUUCAGACGUCGAGAGUGGCAAUGAGACUGAGCCUGUGCCGAUGGCCUCCGCAGGUGGUGACCUGCACAUGACACAGUUUUUCCGAGGUAACCUGGCUGGCCUCACGGUCCGUUCUGGGAAACUGGCAGACAAGAAGGUGAUUGACUGUCUGUACACCUGCAAGGAGGGGCUGGACCUGCAGGUCCCUGAAGAUGGCAACAGAGGCGUGCAGAUCCAAGCAAGCUCCAGUCAGGCGGUAUUGACCUUGGAGGGAGACAGUGUUGGAGAGCUGGAUAAGGCCAUGCAACACAUCUCCUACCUUAACUCGAGGCAGUUCCCCACCCCGGGCAUCCGCAGGCUCAGAAUCACCAGCACCGUCAAGUGUUUUAACGAGGCGGCUUGCAUCGAGGUACCCCCAGUGGAGGGCUAUGUGAUGGUUUUGCAGCCGGAAGAGCCUAAGAUCAGCCUGAGUGGCAUCCACCACUUUGCCCGGGCAGCUUCUGAGUUUGAGAGCCCAGAGGGUGUUUCCCUGUUCCCCGAGCUGAGAGUCAUCAGCACCGUCAGCAGAGAGGUGGAGCCCGAGGCAGAUGGGGCUGAGGACCCCACAGUGCAAGAGUCCCUGGUGUCGGAGGAAAUUGUGCAUGACCUGGACACCUGUGAGGUCACGGUGGAAGGGGAGGAGCUGAACCCCGAGCAGGAGAGCCUGGAGGUAGACAUGACCCGCCUCCAGCAGAAGGGCAUCGAAGUUAGCCGCUCUGACCUGGGCGUGGUGUUCACAGGUGUGGAGACCAUGGCAAGCUAUGAGGAGGUUCUGCACCUCCUGCGCUAUCGGAAUUGGCACACCAGGUCCCUGCUGGACCGGAAGUUCAAGCUCAUUUGCUCGGAACUAAAUGGUCGCUACCUCAGUAAUGAGUUCAAGGUGGAGGUGAAUGUGAUCCACACAGCCAACCCUGUGGAACAUGCCAACCACAUGGCUGCCCAGCCACAGUUUGUCCACCCUGAACAUCGAUCCUUUGUGGACCUGUCUGGUCACAACCUGGCCAAUCCUCACCCAUUUGCAGUUGUCCCCAGCACGGCGACUGUCGUGAUUGUGGUAUGUGUCAGCUUCCUGGUUUUCAUGAUCAUCUUGGGCGUGUUUCGGAUCCGGGCUGCACAUCAGCGAACCAUGCGGGACCAGGACACAGGGAAGGAGAACGAGAUGGACUGGGAUGACUCUGCCCUGACCAUCACCGUCAACCCCAUGGAGACAUAUGAGGACCAGCACAGCAGUGAGGAGGAAGAAGAGGAAGAGGAAGAGGAGGAGAGUGAAGAUGGGGAGGAGGAAGAGGACAUCACCAGUGCAGAGUCGGAGAGCAGUGAGGAGGAGGAGGGCGGCCCCGGGGACGGCCAGAAUGCCACCAGACAGCUGGAAUGGGAUGACUCCACGCUCAGCUACUAGACACACUCAGCGCUCAGACUCUCUCCCUGGCCAUCUCCCAGCCCCACGGGUCCUCGAUGUACAAAACCAUUUUGACCAGCAGGUCUGCAGACCCCUCCCCCCACCGCUGAAAGUCUUCCCGUGCUUGGUGUGUGGGACCACCGACUCCGCCCUCCCUGCCCACCACGCUUGCGGUUUUCCUAGAAGCUGGCACUUCCUCCCCGGGCAGGGGCCCCACAGCACCUCAGACCCCGAGUGUGUCUGGAGUCCCCUGUCAGCCAGGGAGAGGACACCAGCACCUGGGACCUCCAGAGAAGCCACAGCGAGCGGACUUGUCUACAGAGGGUAAAAAAAAAAUUAUUCCCACGCAGUCAGUAACCAUUUGUCUUUAUUUUUAAAAGUUUUUAUUUUUUUUCCAAACUAGUGCAUGUAUAAAGCGGGAGAACAGGGGGGUUAAUAUGUAGAUGACCAACUGACUUUUUAAUAUUUUGUAAAUAAAUUGGGAUUCUUUGUGUCCUCUGUGCUAGUGUAGUCCAGGACAGGAUGUAAAGUCAGAACACGGGGCCAGGAGGAACUCUUCCUCCCUCUUCCCUCCUAAGAAACCAGGUUGAGAAGGUCCAAGUCACUGUGGCUCUUGCUGUGCUUUCUGUACAGCAGGUGGCCGGGGCCAUAGGCUUUGAGUGCUGCCUGGGGGGCCAGACCCACGCACCUCUAUCACAUUAGAGGCUGGGAACAGCCAGGAUGUUGCCAAAGCCCCUGGCCUUUCUCAUACACGCCUGUGACAGGCAGCCACGUGGUUUCUGCUUAUUGUGUCUCCCUGUUGGUGAAAGCGUGUAGCCGGGAACCGACUUCAAAGGUGCAGGCAGCCAGGCUCCUCAAUUGGAAGGCAACAGUUCUGAGCAAGUCUGCACUACAGCACCCAAAAGGAGAGCCUAAGGCCCAAAGACAAACUGCUAGAAUGUUCCAAAACAAUCUGUUUUUUUCUCCUCCCCAGAGGUCCCGUGGGAUGCCCCCUUUUGUCGGGUUUGGGGUAAGAUCUAAGACGCAGCAGAUGAGAGCCAAUUGGCUUGGUGGGGAGGAGGAGACAACAGCUAAAUCCCACUCAGCACAGCCUGUCAUUCACAGUCACAGUUUGGACUGCUCCAGCUGGGGACUCCAGUCCUCGCUGCUAGUUUUAAGGAUGCCGACUCUGUGCUGUCUGUGGCCACCCUCCCGUGUCCUGUUCCCUGUAGCUGCUUUACUAGAUGGAAACAGGCUAAUGAAGUGAGGGACACUGUUGUGUGUCAGUAGCCAUAGGGUCCCCUUUAAGAUGUGUAUAUUGACACUAGGUCAGGAAGUGUAUGCAUUAUAAUAAAGUUCUGGUUCUAACUCCA